AAGGACAGUCCCAGAACUGUCAUAAAUAGUCUAUUUCUGACAGUUCUGGGACAUUCACUCCAUACAGCUGUUUCAACCGCUGUAUGGAGGGAAUGUCAUAGAACUGUCAGAAAUAGACUAUUAAUGACAGUUCUGGGACUGUCCUUCCAUACAGCGGUUGAAACAUUGUAUCUAUUUGUUUCCAUAAAUGGAUCCAUUUAUGGAAACAAAUACAUACAAUGUUUCAACCGCUGUAUGGAAGGACAGUCCCAGAACUGUCAUUAAUAGUCUAUUUCUGACAGUUCCAU